AUGGAGCCCGCGGGGAACCUCAGCGCGGGGAACGCGAGCGGCCGCGAGGCCCCCCGGCCCGAGCCGCCGCUGCCCGCCGGCCUGGACGUGGAGAACUGGGUCACGCUCGCGGUGUUCGGCCUGAUCUUCGCGCUCGGCGUGCUGGGCAACAGCCUGGUGAUCGCCGUGCUGGCGCGCAGCCGGCCGGGCAAGCCCCGCGGCACCACCAACCUGUUCAUCCUGAACCUGAGCGUCGCCGACCUGGCCUACCUGCUCUUCUGCGUGCCCUUCCAGGCCACGGUGUACGUGCUGCCCAGCUGGGUGCUGGGCGCCUUCCUCUGCAAGUUCACCCACUACUUCUUCACCGUGUCCAUGCUGGUCAGCGUCUUCACCCUGGCCGCCAUGUCCGUGGACCGCUACGUGGCCAUCGUGCACGCCCGGCGCGCCUCCUCCCUGCGCGUGUCCCGCAACGCGCUGCUGGGCCUGGGGCUCAUCUGGGCGCUGUCCGUCGCCAUGGCCUCGCCGGUGGCCUACCACCAGCACCUCUACCGCCCGCCGGGCAGCAACCAGACCUACUGCUGGGGGCAGUGGGCCAGCCAGCGCCACAAGAAGGCCUACGUGGUGUGCACCUUCGUCUUCGGCUACCUGCUGCCGCUCCUGCUCAUCUGCUUCUGCUACGCCAAGGUCCUUAACCAUUUGCACAAGAAGCUGAAGAACAUGUCCAAGAAGUCAGAAGCCUCGAAGAAAAAGACCGCGCAGACCGUGCUGGUGGUGGUGGUGGUCUUCGGGGUCUCGUGGCUGCCGCACCACGUCAUCCACCUCUGGGUCGAGUUCGGCGCCUUCCCGCUGACCCCCGCGUCCUUCCUCUUCCGCGUGGCCGCGCACUGCCUGGCCUACAGCAACUCCUCGGUGAACCCCAUCAUCUACGCCUUCCUCUCCGAGAACUUCCGCAAGGCCUACCGGCAGGUGUUCCGCUGCCGCCCGCGCGGGGGGGCGGCCCUGCACGACCCGAGGGAGAACCGGAGCCGCGUGGACACGCCGACGUCCACCAACUGCACCCACGUGUGA